AUGCGGGUUUGGCAAGCUCUUUUGCUCGUGAUCCAGCUGGGUGUUCUUGCGCAGAGCUCUCAUCAUCACCAUGAUCAUCAUCACGAUGAUAUCCAUGUAAGGGCUCACGACCUGUCCAGACGGGAAAUCUCUUCCUCCUUGGUCAAGGUUCACGCAACGACGACGAGUGCUACAUCUUUCUCCAAGAGCACUUCAGAUUCAGCCGAGGCUGUCUCCAGAGCGUUGAAAGUCUUGAGUUUGAGAAACAAACUUCGCUUGGACAAUGUUCAAUACAACAAAUACGAACUUGGCACUCCAAGUAGUCUUCGCUCCAAUGACUCCGCUUCGUCUGAACUUGACUAUAGCGAGGAGGCCAUUGAUCAAAUGGAAAGCACACGGAAAACUCUCAAUCGGAGAGAUUCUAACGCAACUACGCAAUAUGGAUAUUCGAUUCCUGUGGAGCUCAGAACGGCCGCUAGAAUCAUUGCCGAGUCAGAGCCUCCUUCUCCAUCCACCGGUAACCACAGCGCCGUUGCUGCUGAGAUGCGCGCAAAGUAUGGAAGUAAGGCCAAAGAUACGUUGAUCCCACAGCAGGUCUUGCGGGCGCAAGAUGGACUGUCUGAAUAUGUGGCAGAUACCAAUGAGUCUGCACCUGUCCCUGGCUAUACCGGUGAUGGAAGUUUGAAAAGCCGAGCGGCAGCAACUUGGUGGAUGGCAACCAUGACGCAACGCGGAAGCAGCCCCUACGCUCCUUCUGGAUAUAAGGUAAUUACAACCAUGGAACAUUCAACAUAUAUGGGCGUUGUUCCGGAUGCUAAAUUAUAUUUCAAGGUUUGGAGAAAUGUGAAAGACUAUGGCGCUAAAGGCGACGGCGUUACUGACGACACUGAUGCUAUCAAUCUUGCUAUCUCCGACGGUGGUCGUUGCGGAGCCAACUGUGGCUCCAGCACAAUUUAUCCAGCUGUUGUAUAUUUUCCACCAGGGAACUACUUGGUCAGCACUUCGAUCAUCCAGUAUUACAACACUCAGUUGGUUGGUGAUCCUCUAGAGCUUCCUACCAUUCUUGCGGCAUCCAGCUUUGUAGGUCUCGGUGUUGUGACUUCAAAUGUUUAUGUUGGGGACCAAGACGAAUGGUAUCUCAACACAAACAAUUUCUUCCGCAGCGUCCGUAAUUUCAAAAUCGACAUCACCCGAACAGAUCAACAGGCAUAUAUUUGCGCCAUUCAUUGGCAGGUCGCGCAAGGAACAUCGCUUGAGAACCUUGAAAUAUACAUGACCCAAGAUGCAAACACGACCCAACAAGGAAUAUACAUGGAGAAUGGAAGUGGUGGAUUCAUGAGCGAUCUGACUUUCGUUGGUGGAAACUUUGGUGCUUACCUAGGUAACCAGCAGUUUACUACUAGUCAUUUGGUAUUUGUAAACUGCAAUACAGCGCUCCAAAUUCAUUGGGACUGGGCAUGGACUAUGCAAGAUGUCGUCGUUGAGAGUUGCGGCACCGGUGUUAUCAUUGUCGGUGGAGCUGGUGGUCCAUUUAGUACCGGUCAAGGGGUUGGUUCAUUCGCUCUGAUUGAUGCUGUCAUCGCCAAUACUCCCACUGGAAUCAAGACUACUCUGUUCAACGAGAACUCCACCGCAUUGCUUCUGCAGAAUGUUGGCUUCUACAACACCCAAAACUCCAUAUAUGAUGACAACGCACAGAAGGCCCUUGUCCCCGGUGGUGAUUCCACUGUACUCGAUUCCUGGGGAUUCGGAAUGGUAAAUGACCCAAGCGGUUCACGUUUUGCUUCUGGAGAAAACCUCUUGGCAAUGAAUCGGACUGCUUCUCUUGUUGGCAGUAACAUCUACAACGUCAAACCCAACUUCUUUACUCGCCGCAGGCCAAAAUACGCUGAUCUUGGAAAUACUCAAGUCUUGGAUGUUAAGGCACUGGGAGCCAAAGGUGAUGGUGUCACUGACGACACGACCGUUUUGAACAGUAUCCUUUCGCUCGGGUCAAACAUGUCUUCCAUUGUCUAUUUCCCUCAUGGUAUCUAUGUCAUCAAGGAUACUCUGAAGAUUCCAAAAAACUCCCGAAUUAUUGGACAAGCCUGGUCCCAGAUCAUGGCUACUGGUCCCAAAUUCCAAGAUAUGAGCAGUCCGCACGUUGCUAUCAGAGUGGGACAGGAGAUGGACGUUGGUAUUGUUGAGAUACAAGACCUUUUGUUCACAGUCUCCGGUCCUACAGCCGGAGCUAUCCUCAUGGAGUGGAACCUUCACGAAUCGACACAAGGCUCGGCUGGACUAUGGGACUCUCAUUUCCGUGUUGGAGGCGCUAUGGGUUCCAAUUUGCAGACCAGUGAUUGCCCCAAGGAAAGCGGAAUUGUGAAAAAGGAUUGCAUCGCAGCCGCUCUCAUUCUGCGAAUGACACGUAGCUCCUCUGCGUACCUCGAAAAUGUUUGGGUAUGGACUGCAGACCACGACCUUGACAAAGUCUCCCAAGAUCAGAUUGACAUCUACGCCGCCCGUGGAAUUCUGAUUGAAAGCCAGGGUCCCACAUGGUUAUAUGGCACAUCUUCUGAGCACCAUGCUCUCUAUCAGUACGAACUCUAUCAAGCCAAAGAUAUCGUUAUGGGCAUGAUUCAAACCGAGUCUCCAUACUACCAGCCUGUCCCCCGGGCCCCGCAGCCGUUCAUAGUCGGUCAUUUCCCAGCCGAUCCCGAUUUUACAGAUUGUACUGCCGCUUCAACCACAUGCCCUGUCUCCUGGGCCUUGCGAAUCAUUGAUUCAUCUUCAGUGUAUCUUCUUGGCGCUGGACUCUAUAGCUGGUUCUCUGAUUAUUCACAGACAUGCGUGGAUAACGACCUCUGUCAAGAUCGGGCUUUCGAAAUCGAGGAGAGCUUCGAUAUCUGGGUCUAUAACCUGGUCACCAAGGCUAUCCGUGAGAUGGUGAGCCCAGCGGGCGAAACUCCAACUUACGCCGCUGCCAACAAAAAUGGAUUCUUAUCGUCUCUGCUGGCUUGGGUCAGGAAAUCCAAAGACAUCAUUGGAAGUCGAGAGUUCCCAGGUUUUACAGUGUGGAGUGCCGACACAGAGACUCUGUCCUCUCUUCCUUCUGCAUGCAAGACGUCUCUCUCACAGAAAAUCAAGUGUGACCCGUGGGCGAAGAUGUUCCUUCGGGAUACGUACCGGGGCAGUCUGAACAAUGACACCCUUACAGAUUCAAUUUGCGAUGGAACUUGUGGAGCAUCGUUGAAGAGUUGGUUUGACAGUGUGCAGACUACUUGUAUUGGAUACAACGUCUCUGGCUCGGCUCCUACCAAAUACGGAGGACAGAUCUGGUCUGGGUGGAAUGAGACCUGUCUGAAAGAUCCGGCGACGGGGGAUUACUGUAACGACGUGAUCGAUGGUUUUAGUGAGGUCAUUUAUACCAAGGACAUGCCUGAAAGUGAACUCUGCUCCUUCUGCUUUGUCAAGAGGCUGGAGAUGAUGCAAAACUCGUCUUAUUCAGUCUAUGAUAAAUACUUCCAAGUGGAUUUGGAAGUUGUUCAUGCUCAAUGUGGCCUCUCAGGGCCCACAACAAUGCCGCCGUCUUUGGAUGCUCCCCCGCAGUUCCCGCCUGAGCCUGUUUGUGUGUCUGGUGCUUUCCACACAACCGUUUCUGGUGACACAUGCGACUCUAUUGCAUUGAAGUAUGGUGUGUCCUCUGCUGCUUUGGUAAUGGCAAACUCCCGCCAGCUCAUGAUAUGCGACGAACUACCUUCAAGUAUGAACCUUUGCCUGCCCACCACUUGUGCGAGCACGUACCUCAUGCAAAAUAACGAUACUUGCAAGUCGAUUGAAUCUGCCAAUAUACUGUCUCCUGGCGAUGUGCGGCGGUAUAACUCCUGGGUUGAAUUCGACUGCUCUAACCUUCAGAGCUCGACGCAAUCAUUUGGUCGCAUAUUAUGCCUUGGUGUUGAAGGUGGAAACCACACAGCAACAGCUCCAAUUCCUGGAGUAACUCUGGGCCCAGGAAAAACUACAGGCUACGCACGGACUGCUGUAGACGCUCCAUCCAACGCCACUGUGGCGGAAGGUUCUACACUGGAAUGCGGGAGAUGGCAUGUUUUCUCGCAUGGCGAAAAUUGCGCUACGAUUUGCGUUGAGGAGUCAAUCACCUCUGCGCUCUUCCUUCAGCUCAACCCGUCCUUAUCGGGCUCCAAUUGUUCAACGGCAUUGGUGAUUGGAAGCGCCUACUGUGUUGUUCCUACUCUGAGUUGGACGACGGCUUCAUCUUGA